AUGUCUGAUAAUCUCGAAAACAAAACACCCCGGGUCACCUCAUCUCAUGUCGAAUUCAAGAAGCGCAGCUGUUUCCGUUGCAACACAAGAAAAGUGCGAUGUGAUAGAACAUAUCCCUGCGGUGCAUGCGUGAAGGCCGAAGUGGAAUGCGCCUUUCCAGGGCCCAAGAGAGCACGCCGAACAUUAAACAGGCCACCAAGUAGCGAGUUACUUGCACGCUUAAAGGAUCUCGAGGAAGAGGUCUCACAGCUUCGCUCAAAGCAACCCUCACCUCGCGACUCAGAUGUCAAUCCUACAUCAGACUUGGAUGCCCCUUCCAGCCUAGCAAAGAAGGCGGAGCUACUGGUUCUAAAAGAGGGCAAGAGUCGGUACGUUAGUGGUGAAGCUUCUGUGACUCUUGGAGAAAAGAUAUCUGAACUUCGUGACAUUAUCGAGAGUGACUCAAAUGAGGAAGAUUCCUCACCUCAUGAGAACUCGAAUUUCACCGUUCUCCCCCAGGGCGGGCUUUUCGGAGGUGAUAAAUCCUACUACAGCUGGUCUCUUGACAAAGAUGUCCAAAACGCCAGUGCGGGCGUCGAUAUGACUCCUUCAGACGAGGCAUUGCUGUUUUCCGUUUACUAUGCUGCUGUGGCCAGCAUGAGAGCUCAUCUUUGUCAUUCCAUACUCGGUGUCAACCACGAUACAGCCAUCCAGGACUGCAAAAGAGCAGUGAGCCAGGGGCUUCGCCGCGCCAACUUCAUCAAGUGCCAGAAUAUAUCCGUUCUUCAAGGUGCUGUUCUGUUCUUGCUUUGUUAUCGAGUGGGCGGUGACACUCGUCUUGUAUGGGCCGAGUCAGCGGUUGUCAUACGUGUUGCGCAGGCGCAAGGGAUUCACCGCGAUGGGCAGAACAUUGCAUUGCCACCCUUUGAAACCGAGAUUCGUCGUCGAUUAUGGUGGCAUAUCUGCCUAUUGGAUAUGUUAUCUUCGGGAGAUCAAGGUGUCGAUACUCAGAUCAGACCUGGGAUGUUUGACACACAGUUUCCGACUAAUGUGGACGACGACGACCUUAUUUUGCACAUGCCAAAUCUGCCAAAGCCCAAGUCCGGCUUCACUGAUAACUCAAUCUGCAUUAUGAACUCCCAGAUCAUGACCAAUUUGUAUUGGCCAUGUCAUUCGAUGAAUCAAAAUCCCAAGAUGUCUUCACAUGCCCGAGAGACCCUCGUCACAAAUAUGGGAAAGGACCUCCAUAGAGAAUAUCUGGAUCAUUUCAACCUUGAUAUUCCAAUCCAUUGGGUGUCGGCAACCAUAGUCCGACUCCAGCUCUCGAAAUCAUGGCUGGCAGCUCAUUUCCAGUCAUCCACAGAUCCGUAUGGGACAAUUUCCAGUCACGACGUUCGUGUUUUCGAGAUGGCAGUCGAAAUAGUACAAUUUGCCUAUCUCCUGCAGACAAACGAAGCCACAUCACAAUGGAGCUGGCUAUGUCAAAGCUACGAGGAAUGGCAUAUCGUCGCUUUUAUCCUUUCUGAACUGUGUCUCCGUCCUCUCAAUCCCGACACCGACCCCGCGUGUGACAUCGUCAGUAAAAUGUAUGAGUUAUGGCAGCGGGGUAUCCCGCACACUGAUGCCAUUCUUCACAAGCCUAUGGACCGGUUCAUGUAG